AUGAGUGAGAGUUGUUGUGUCUUUUUGGCUUUCCAAGAAAAAACUUCGAGUAUUAUUUGCGAUGAUAUCUACGACGCGAUGGUGACAUUUGGCCCCAUCAAUCGAAUAAUUCGAAUGAACUCAAACUCUUCGGAACAGGUCCAAUCGUUGGUCGAGUUCACAGACAGAAUGACGUGCGAAAAAGCAAUUGAGUACUUGAAGGUCAACCCUCUUCCUGUCCUCAAGUGUACUGUACGCGCUGAAAUUGGUAAUGCGACACGUUUGAAUAUACAUACCGAUACAGCACAUGCUAGAGACUAUACAACCAAUCCUCGGUACCCGAGUGAACCCAAAACGGCAUCAAGGCAAUCGACCAAUCGAAAUAUUAAUAUGGAAGAGUAUAAAACGAAAGUACUUAUGGUGCAUGACUUGCCAAAAAAUCUUGUACCUGAGACUGCAUAUCAUUUGUACAACAUGUUUUCUCUUUUUGGCAGUAUAUCGAAAGUGAAUGUUCUCUCAUCGAAAGACACUGCUAUGGUCGAGUUUGAGACAUAUCAACAAGCUCAUAAAGCACUGGAGAUACUCGAAGAAGUGAAAUUCUUUGGGUCAAUUCUUAAGAUGAAACAUAGUAAGAAUGAUAAUGUUGCUGCACCUUCAGGAACGUGGUGUAAGGUUUUUAAGGUGACUGCACCGUUCAUGGAGUCGACUCCACCGUCUGUCUUUGUGAGGUUUGUAGGGUUACACCCGAUCAUAGCACUCUCCCCGAAUUUAAUAUUCGCGAUAUGUCAUUACUUUGAUCAUUACGCAGCACCUCGCCCAGUAGAUGCUUUCUUUGAUACUCAAACAACGGGUGUCUUUGCAUUCAAAAGUACUAAUGAAGCCAUUAUGGCGAUAUGCAUCUUGAACCACAAGAAAGAAAAUGGCACGGAACUGUUACUCUCAUUUGUCGCUUCUCCACCAAAUGUGGCAAGAGAAAAUGUCCGAGUGAUGAACCAGGGCUUGAUAACGCCGGUAGGACAACCUAUGCCACCACCCCCUCAGCCCCCUCAACAAAUGUUUUACCAAAACCCUCCACAACAACAAUACAAGUACGACGAUAAAGGAAGAGAUGGGUAUCAGUAUCACAAUAAUUAUAAAGCUUAA